AUGAGCAGCAUCACCACCAGCCAAAAUGCCAGUUUUUGCAUACCAGUUGGGCUUACAAGUCUUCAGAAAGACCUAAUCGAGAUACUCAUCUCAACGCAUGCCAAAUCGCUAUUACAGUUGUGCAAUAAACAAGAUCCCAUAAAAACACUUGAGGAUGGUGAAAACGGUGCUAAAUUGACGCUGCCUGCAUUAUCGCCCGAACAAUUAACGUCACUGUUGUCCACAAAUAUUCGGGCUAUCGCAAAUCAUCCUUGUCUUUUGGUGGAACACUAUAUGCCUCGAAAAUUGUUACUGAUGGAACCUGGGGAUAGACUGAUAGAUACAAGUGAUAAAUUUCAAAAAAUGGCUGCACUUCUCGACUCACUGCGUUACAGAGACCGCAAAAGAUUUCCAAACGCCCUGCAAAUUGCAGUGAUAUCGCAUAGUGUGAAAGAGUUGGAUCUUAUCGAGGGUUACCUUUUGGGAAAGUCCGUUAAGCUCAAGCGGCUUUCUGGAACGAGUUUAUUCGACGAAAAGCAUCUUUAUGGAGAGCCUGAAACGGAUUCCAGCACACCAGUACGGUCCACAGGUAAUUCCAAAGAAGACUACGAUUAUGGAAAACGCAAGAGCAGAACCUCAAAAGGUGACUUUCGUGAUUGGCUGUUUGUGGCCACGUCUACGCACUUGGCUCGAGCUCCAGAUCUGUUAGAUGGCUAUAGUAUAGAUCUCGUCAUAGGGUUUGAUCCAUUGAUAGAUGAGAACCUCGAAUGUUUUGCAAGGAUGAGAAGCGCCGGCAAAAAAGUUCCUCUUGUGAAACUACUGGUGAAAGAUUCACCAGAUCAUUACUCUAUGGUUCAUCGUCAUGCGAAGAGCGUGGAUGAUCUUUUUAUGGACUCACUUCUACAUUUUGUGAAACAUAGACAGACGAUCACACAUGAUGAUGGGACUGGUUGGCUGCGCCAAUUUGCAGAGGAGCUUUUGAAAGAGACUGUUCCCGACCCAGCUUUAAUACCGACAUGCAGCCUCGCAAAUAAAUACUCCCAAAUGGACCUUCUGGAAUCGGUGACCAAAUUCCAGUCCCUUUCACCACUCUCUACGAUAGAUUUCAAACUUGAGCCCGUGAAUCAAGAUCUUGAUAUCAAGACAUAUCAGAGUGUUCUGAUGGAUCGCAUUGUUCAGAGGCUCACUGCUUGUGAUGCAGAAUAUUUCGCCCGCGAAAAAGAGAUACUCGACAAGAGAGUUCAAGAGACGAUACGUCAAAAUAAGCUGGACGAACUAAAAGUAGAUGCGGCUACUAUAUUCAAGCAAAGCAGGGAGGACGAAGGCCCCGCCCUCGAGUCAGCCAAAAAAUUAAGCAAAGCACAGGCAGACGAUUUGAAACUGCGAGAGCGCUUGAAAUUCCUUUCUGAGCAAAAGGCAUCUUUUGAAGGCAGAUUAGGUGACGACACAACACCGCUUUCGUCCCAAAUCAGCGCACUAUCCGCUGAUUUAGAAGUUUUGAAGGGAGAAAGAGAUACUGAAAAACAAGCUAACGUUCAAAGAUCUAUGGAAAACGACGAACUUCGAGCCCGUUACCAAUCUGAGUCAUCGAACGCUGCCAGUAAAUCUAUGGUUCUACAACAAUUGCGAGAACGUCGUGACGAACUCAAAGCCAGGCUUUCAGGACCAGCGGUCAGUCUGUUUUCCAGAAGCGCACUGGAACACGAAACAGCGCUGAAGGAGCAAUUAAUACAAAUAGUCCGGCAGUCUCAGUUCACCCAAGGUUAUGUUAAGAAAAUACAGAAACAAUACUUUCUCAACGGCUCUCAAAGCUCAACUAAAGGUGGCGGUACAUCCCGUUCGCGUCGUCAAAGGAACUGA